UCAGCGGUUAUUGUCCCCCUCUCAUUUUCUGUCUCUUUCCACGAAAUGCGUAGAUCCACGUCACCCACCUUGACUCAAAUGGAUAAGAACACUUCCAUUCCACCUCAGAUUCUCUCCUUUUUACCAUUCAUUAUUUUUCCUAUUUAAAUCUCUUCCAUUCCAACUUUAGAGUCUACUUCAUUUGCGUAUGCUUUCCUUUGAUCUAUUCUAUUCUUCAAUAUCUUAGGGUUCCGACAGAUUCCCCAUCAAUUCAACCACUUGCCGUGUUAGUUGAUCCAUUCUUAUAAAAAGAUCAAAGACUCAUUAUUUAUAGCCAAAGGCCUUCUGGGUCGUCGUGAAUCUAUCUUGUGUUUGAGAGAUUAAGACAAAACUUUUUGCUUUGCAAAUGGCUGCUGCAACUGCUGCAACUGCUUCUUGGAUGCGAUUCAAAGGCGGCAAGGAAAGGAAGCUAACCAAGAUGAAUAAAUCCAGGAUUAAUUGCUCUUAUUCUUCUUCUUCUUCUGUGAUAGAUCCUUACAAGACCUUAAGAAUAAAACGAGGUGCCUCUGAAUCUGAGGUUAGGAAGGCUUUCAGACAGCUCGCUCUGCAGUACCAUCCAGAUGUGUGCAGAGGGAGCAAUUGUGGGGUGCAGUUUCACGAAAUCAACGAGGCUUAUGAUGUUGUGAUGUCCAAAUUGAGAGGAGAAUCAAAUGAGGCAGAAUCGUAUGAGGCUUAUUAUGAUGCUGGAGGCAUCGAUGAGCCACUGAGGGGAAUGAACGAUCCAGAUUGGGACAUGUGGGAGGAGUGGAUGGGAUGGGAAGGAGCAGGAAUCCGUGACUACUCGUCUCAUAUUAAUCCAUACAUUUGAGAAAUUUGUUAAUAAUUAUAUUACUAGCCUUUUCAAUCAUGAUUGUGCAUCAUGUCCCCACCCAAGGUGGUUGCUUUGGUGUUCUUUGUAUAUACUCCAAGUGAGGCCUCUCUGCAUAAUUCAAGCUGAGGAAAUCACUCUUUAAUCCUUAAAGACGAAUCAUAAAGCUUCCAUGACAUGAGUUCCAUCUGAUGAUAUUAUUAUUAAUAAUAAUAAUAAUGUUUGAACAUUAAAAUAA